AUGGACACAAGUCUGGUCAGCGUCAUACGCUACGACGGCUCGGAGCUCGGCUCGUCACGGUCCAAGGACACAGAUGUGAUCGUGUGGGACAUCAUCAAUGAGUGUGGGCUGUACAGGUUAAGAGGCCAUAAAGACGUCAUCACACAGGCCUUGUUCCUCAGCAAGAACCUCCUGGUCACGAGCUCCAAGGACAGUUUUGUGAAAUGGUGGGACCUGGACACGCAGCACUGCUUCAAGACCAUGGUGGGCCAUCGCAGUGAGGUGUGGGGCAUGGUGCUGCUGAAUCAGGAGAACAGGCUGUUAACAGGCUCAGCUGACAGUGAACUUCGAGCCUGGGACAUCAACUAUCUACAGGAGGAGAAAGCUGAGGGCGAGCCCAAAGUGAAGAAGGGGAAAACUCUGCUGGAUGACGACGAUGACGAAGACAACGAGGAAGGUGCUGAUGAAAGUGCUGACGAGCGGAUCUUGAGUUGUAAGAAAGCGGGCUCUAUCCUGAGAGAGGCCAGAGACCGAGUCGUCUCACUGACAGCAGACAGCAAGGCCAGAGUCAUUGCCUGCCACGGCAAUGAUUCAGUGCUGGAGCUGUUCACUGUGCUGUCAGAGGACGAAGUGCAGAAGAAAAUGACAAAGAAGCUGAAGAAGGCCAAAAAGAAGGCAGCUAAAGCUCAGACAGAUGCAGGCGAGGAGGUAGUGGAGCCGGUGGUGGAGAGUACGCUAAAAGAUGAGAUCAUCAGAUUGACGAACAUCAAGGCCUCGGCCAAAAUCAGAUGGGCGGAAUGCCUGUCAUGUACAGGCGGCGAGCUGAAGGUGGCGCUGCUGCUGCAGAACAACACCAUUGAGACGUACAGCCUAAAGACUAUAGACAAGACCCCCGCAGCCAAUAAGACGGCUCGCCUCACAAUCGGAGGCCACCGCACCGACGUCCGCACGCUGGCCUUCAGCUCAGACAACCUGGCCGUCCUCUCCGCCUCCGGCGACACCGUCAAAGUUUGGAACAGGUCAACCCUGCAGGUGAUCCGCACCAUGUCCUGUGAAUACGCCCUCUGCUCCCUCUUUGUACCCGGAGACAGACAGAUCGUUCUGGGAACUAAGAGUGGCAAACUGCAGAUUUUCGAGUUGGCCUCAGGAAGCCUCCUAGAGACUGUGGAAGCCCACGAUGGAGCCCUGUGGUCUCUGUGCCUCGCGCCAGAUCAGAGGGGGAUUGUCACAGGAAGUGCAGAUAAAACGGUGAAGUUCUGGGAGUUUGAGCUGAUAAAGGACGAAGGGAUGAGCCAGAAGAGGCUGUCGGUGAAGCACAGACGCACUCUGCAAUUGGAGGAAGAUGUUUUAUGUGUCAAGCUUUCUCCUGACCACAGACUGCUGGCAGUCUCUCUGUUAGACUGCACAGUCAAGGUCUUCUACACGGACACACUUAAGUUCUUCUUGUCUCUGUAUGGACACAAGCUGCCUGUACUUUGUCUGGACAUCUCACACGAUAACACACUCAUCGCCACCGGCUCCGCUGACAGAAACGUGAAGAUCUGGGGUCUGGACUUUGGCGACUGUCACCGCUCCAUGUUUGCUCACGACGACAGCGUCAUGUUCCUCCAGUUUGUCCCCAAGACUCAUCUGUUCUUCACAUCAGGGAAGGACAAAAAGAUCAAACAGUGGGACGCCGACAAGUUUGAACACAUCCAGACACUCGAGGGCCACCAUCGGGAGGUUUGGUGUCUGGCCAUCAGCCCAAACGGUGACCACCUUGUAUCAUCUUCCCAUGACAAAUCCCUGCGUCUGUGGGAGAGGACCAGGGAGCCUAUCAUCCUAGAGGAGGAGCGAGAGAUGGAGCGAGAAGCAGAGUUCGAGGAGAGCAUGGCCCAAGGAGACGCACCUGUGGUACCUGGAGAGACUCAAGGAGAGGCAGCACCAGCCGGCAAGAAGACCGUCGAGACAGUCAAAGCUGCAGAGCGAAUCAUGGAGGCUCUGGAACUUUACAGAGAGGAAACCAGGAAGAUGGAGGAGCACAAAUACGCCUGUGAGCAUGCAGGCAAAGAGCUUCCUCCACCAAAACCUAACCCUAUCCUCGUGGCCUUUGGAAAUGUCUCACCGUCCCGCCACGUUUUAGAUGUCAUAAGGAAGGUCAGGUCGAGUGAGCUGGAGGUUUCUCUGCUGGUGUUACCGUUCCCUUACAUCCCCGAGCUGCUGAAACUGUUCAACAGCUACAUCCAGCAGGGUCUGGAGGUGGAGCUGGUCUGCCGCUGCCUUUUCUUCCUUCUCAAGAUCCAUUUUGGUCAAAUCUCCAGUAACCAGAUGCUACUGUCUGUAAUAGAUGAACUACGGACCAAUACUCUCUCAAAAGUGCGCCAAAUCAGAGACGUGAUGGGCUUCAACAGCGCAGCGCUACAAUUCCUCCAGCGGGAGAUCGAGAGCAAGGAGGAUGUGACGUUCUUCGCAGAGGCUACAGGCCAGCUGAAGGAGAAGAAGAAGAGGAGGAGGAGGAGGGAGCGAGCCGUCCUGACCAUCGCUUAAAUCAUAAUGUAUCAUAAUAUCUUUUUUUGUGUAGAAACUUCUCCCAGCUGUGUUCCAAAAGGUUACACUGUCGGUUUCAUGGAUAUUAUGAAAUGUUUUGAAAUGCUGAUUCUGACACUGUUAUUUAGUGACACGCUUCUCUUCCCAAAUAAACCACAUCUUGACUUUU